AUGUGGGUUCUCGAUUCGACAGGUGACUUUCUACAAGGGAAGCGCAUAUGGUUGCGGCCCGGGAAGAAGUAUCUCUUCGGUCGAUUCCAGCGAGAAGAAGUUCGCCAUGCCGUCAAUCAUAACUCAAUCUCUCGGAAACACAUGACCAUUGAAAUCUCCCCGGUCAAACCGAAAGAUGGGUUGUCCCCUCGAGCACGGUCCGAAAUUAUAAUUACCGAUUUGGAUUCAAAGAAAGGAACAGUCGUCGAUGGAGCUAGAAUUCAAGGAGAAUUCAAGUUGAACAAAAGCGAUGAACAUGCUAUUCAAUUGGCUAAAUACGAGCAUGCGCUUCGAAUAAAAUGGGAGCCAGUGGUACUCAGCUUUUCACUCUCCUCGAAGGAGAUGCGAGGCGCAGAUCCUCUAGCCCAUGUCCGUUCACGUCUGGAGGAUCUCGAUGUCAAGACAAUCAUCGAUUACAUCGUCGAUAACACGACACACGUGGUUUCAAGCAAGCGAAAUACGGCCAAGGGUCUUCAGGCACUGGUGAAUGGAAAGUACAUUGUUGAUGAUUCAUUUAUCGACGCACUCGUCUAUGCGGCUACACCCAGCGAUCUUGAGAACUUGGAGUCUUUGUGCCCUCUUGAAACCGACUUUGAAUCGGAAUGGCCCAAUGCGAACGAACAUCUUCCAGCUCCGGGCAAGGAGAACAUCGACCGUCCUUCUAUUGCUUUCGCUCCAAAUCCCGCCCGUCUCAAUAUCUUUUAUCAAUACACAUUCGUUUUCUGUGAUCAAUCCCAAUUUGACAAUCUACAAGGGCCGAUCAACAAUGGUCAGGGAAAGGCACUUUUUUUCCAACUUGAAGAGGGAACUACAACUGCUACGGAUAUUGUCCGGUUCAUGAAAAGGGCAUCAGGGCGCAAAGGCGUUGGCAGCGAGCGACACAGCCCCGGUGGUGUAGUUCUUGUUCGCUUUCGAUGUAAAGGGGAAUUUGAGUCAUGGGCCAUAGAAGUAGGCAACGAAGUGGCCCUCAUGACAGACCAACGUGUGAUUGAGCAACGGGAGUUCCUUGACGCUAUUUUGGCAAAUGAUGCAUCCCCUCUAUGCCGCUCUUUACCGACGGAGGAAGGCUUAAGCCCGACUCUAGCAUCGCCACCUGUGCCCGCUCCGCCGACUCCAGAGGAAAGACCUACUACAUUCACAUUGGCUCGGUCUGCUGAGCCCGAGCCCGAGCCCGAGCCAAGUCAGCCUUCUAAAGGUCGCGCUAAAUCCACUCGUGCUCGUGCAUACGUCAGUAAAAUGAAAACGUUUGACGAUGGCUUCGACAUGGAGUCGGUUCCAAUGUAUGCACCCGAAGAGGGUGAUACAAUUGUCGACACUCAAGCCAUGGAUGUGGAUACCCAAGCAGCUUCCCAGACAACGAAGCCCCUUGACACAGUAAAAGAAGAGCCGGAAGAAGACGCGGCAUCCGAACUUCUUCCUGGUGCUCGUGCAAUGAAGCGUCGCCGCGCGGAGAUGACUCGCCAUCACGCAGAGGGCAACCCCCAAAGCAACCCCCCAGCCCACGAAGCCGAGGCACCAAAGCGCAAGCGACCCAAGCUUGACUUGUUAGAAGCUGCACGCAAGCAUCGCGAGGAAGAGGAGCAACAACGCAAGGCUGAGCAAGAGGCACACCCCGACGUUGAUGACCUUGAAAUAGAUCAACUAAAGAACUUAGCCAUCGUGGAAGAAAUGGAGAUGCCCGUCCGAAAACUUCCAGCUCGCGAAAAAGAAAACACAGAUCGAUGGGAUGAGCAAUGGAAUGGACGCAAAAACUUCAAGAGAUUCCGACGAAAGGGCGAGCCGCGUCAUCGUGCUCGCGUCCAAACCGUAAUUGUUCCCCUCGAAGAAGUCACCCGAAAAGAAUAUGGAAUCGGUGAUCACUACUGGAGCAGCAAGUCCCCUUCAAACAACACUCGAGUCGAGCCCGACGACCGGGACAGUAUGGAAGAUGUCGCCCCGUCGCGAUCCGAGCCGUCAGCCGCUGCGCGAGUCUCAACCGAGCCCACCCCAGAUCCAGCCCCAGCUCGUCGUCAGAAGAGGCCUCGUGAGUCCCGUGACUCUGAUAGUGAUGAUGGAACUCGGUUCCGAUUUAGACGUAAGCGCUAG